UGAGCGGAAAAUAAGUUUGUGUCCCUAAUGUUCUUACAAUUAAUAGUAAAUAAAAUAUUUAAUACUAAGUAAGUUUGUUUGAUGUAAAAUUUUGAAAGAGUCAAGGAGGUCCUCUUUUCUCUGUGUGAUUUAAGCCAUAUAUAAUAGGCACACUUAUCUGAAUAACGGUGAUCAACUGAAAAAUCAUUAAAGAAAUGAAUGAAUGCGUAAUUGUGGGGACUUUCGAAUUGUUCUGCUUUCGUAACAGACUGAAGAACUACUGAUUUUUCGGUUCGCUUCCGGGUAUCUUAAGAUUUUUCAAGAACUGACACGUCUACUUAUAAAUCUACUUAUUGCGAGAUUGUCUGCCUUGUUCAAUAAACUUUCCAGAUUUUCUAAAAAUUUUCUUUUUUAGUUUUUCGUUCAUAUGCUCCAUUCUGCCUAUUUCUUUCCUCAAACUGUUGAUGUAAAAUGGUCUGCUUCAACCCGUGGACGUCCAACAUUACCUCAAUGGAUGCAUUUAAUUCCUUCUAGACACCGUUCCAUUGCUUUUUUAAUUGGAACCCCAGUAUCUCCACAUUCCCACUUCCCUUUACAUAUUAUAGCUACAAGGAUGGACUCUUUUCAAAGCUCUGAACAGUCUUUUAGUGUUGUCACUAACGAUGACCGUAAAUUAAUUUUUAAUUUUUUAAACGUAUAUCCUCCGAGUCCCUGUUAA